UGAUAAUCGAAGCCCAAUUCCACCAAUUCAAAUAUGUCGCGAAAAUUUCCUGAAGUCCAGGGAGGAGGCUCUCUCAUUGUUGCCUGGCAGGUAAAAAGCAAACAUGUCUUGGUUGUGGGAGGUGGGGAGGUAGCCGCUGGUCGCAUACUACAUGCCCUGAACGCCGAUGCCGAAGUAACAGUUGUCUGCCCUGCCUCUGGCCUCAAUGAUGAAGUAGCAUUUCGGGUCUCCGAGGGUCAAGUAUCUCAUGUCGAUCGGAACUUCGAACCAACAGACGUUGAAGGAGCAGACAUGGUUCUCUGUGCUAUUGACGACCCAGACGCCUCGACCCGUGUAUGGAAGCUGUGUAAAGAGAAGAGAAUUCCCGCAAACAUCGCCGAUGUACCUUCCGAAUGUGAUUUCUACUUCGGGAGUGUGCAUCGGGAUGGUCCGUUACAGGUGAUGGUCAGCACGAAUGGAAAUGGCCCUAAGCUUGCAAGUAUGGUACGGAAGCAAAUCGCCGACACUCUACCCGACAACAUGGGCGCAGCAAUAGAGAACGUGGGCAAAUUGCGGAAAAGGUUAAGGGGGGUAGCUCCCACCGCAGAGGAAGGUCCUAAAAGGAUGAAAUGGAUGUCUGGAGUUUGUGAAUCCUGGAGCUUGGGCGAACUUGUCCAGAUGAAUGAUCAGGAUAUGGACAAACUCCUAGCCCAUUACGAGUCCGGCAAGAUCCCCAAAUUCGAUGAAGUCCGGUCUGACUGACCACCACCUUUGCAUACACUCUAGCCAAAAUGUUCAGGCAGUG